CGCAGUCACCCUAGCCCAUAUAUAUUACAGUGGAUCACACCAUCGUCGGCUUGCCGAACGUAAAAAGGUCUACAGCAUUUUCAAAAGUCCGAUCCAUUCAAUGGAACACUGCGAUUGAGUGAAGGUGGCCGAGAAUGCAUACAAUAAAGUCCGCUUCGUUUGCAGUAUUGCUCUUGUUGAUUCCAAGAAGCCAUAGUUUUCUUGCAGGUGAUGAUUCGUUUCGCCUAUCCACAACGCUUCCGUUGAUUUCUCCGUCGUCCGAACCCACCAAUGAAAGUAAGCCUUCACGGGGGCAAUCAUCACUACGGAAAGAGAAAAAUCGGGACGGUCACGCACGAAAAAAUGCACUGGAAGUUGGUUCCCACACUCCGGACAAUCACCAAUCGAACUGCUCUGCUACUGGCGAAAAGUCAAGAAGUCGCACUCCCAAUCUACAGAUUCAGCUACAGUAUGCCCGGAAAGGACACUCUGUACUGCGUAACUGGUUAGAAACGGCACGACUGGUAAAACCUCGCCAAACUCUUAUCGACUAUGGCAAGGAACAAGAGCUACUCGCGUGGAAGCAAAAGGUACAAGUCGCUUCCAACGAUGCCAAGCUUGCCAGCUCUUGCCGGACUGUUAAGCAAUGUCGCCGCGAACUCGACAAACUGCUCGGUGUCGAUACGCCGUUACCGUUCUUGCAAUACUUCCACGUUUGGCGAAACCUAAGCGACGUACACCAGCUAGCCAAAGAUCUGGCACCAACGGCGGGCAAAUUAUUGGAUGUGGAUGCCGUCCGGUUGUACCAGGAUGCCUUGUUCUGGAAACGUCCCGGGGACGGUCCGACUCCUUGGCAUACCGACGCACGAAUGGCACCUUUCGACACGAACAAGCUAAUCACGUUGUGGAUUCCGUUGCAAACAGUUCCGAAAGACGGGACUGGUCUCGUCUACGUGUCAGAAUCGCACAACGAUUUUAGUCUGGCCUACUGGCAUGAUGUCAGUGACGCCACGGAGAAUCCUAACUCACCAUGGAACGACCUGGAAUCAAGAUAUACAUCUCCUCUAGUUGAUUACAUGCCAUUGGCGGUGGGUGACGUGACGGCGCAUGCAGGUUGGACCUUACACUGUGCCAACGGCAAUGAUGCUGGAUCAACGUACGGCAAUCAGCAGGAUCAUGAAGAUCGUUUGGCCUUGGCGAUUUCGUACGUAGACGCCGCCGCACCGGUUCGGGAGAAGGUCUUGCUGGACAAUCGCGCGGAUAAUGAAGAUUUGUGGAGUUAUCAAGACUGGGUACGACAAGUACCUUCGGGUCAGGCAAAUUUUGUACACAAGAAAGUGCCUAUUUUAUGGUCGAAAGGAACUGUGCGAAAGGAUUCGAAACGGUGA